AUGCCAGAUCGCCUCUGCAUAUAUAGACCAACAUGGAAAGGCUUCACUUCGCUAUUCCAGCACCGUAGUCCCGCCGCACGCCAUGUCCAAUAUUCCCAAGGAAAAACACGCUGGGUCCUUGCUGAGAGGCCCCUAGUUGAACCUACCGACGCCACUUUCAGGAAAGAAACAGUACCUAUUCCUCCCAGCUUGGCCGAUGAUGAAGUCUUGAUUCGCGUUGAUGUAAUCUCGCUUGAGCCUGCCAUGCGUGGAUGGAUUAGGGAUGUUCCCUCGUAUGUUCCGCCAGUGCCGAUUGGGGGAGUGGUGCGCUCGUUCGGAGUUGGUGAAGUGGUUAACGGUGGAAAAACUCUCAAAGUCGGCGAUUUUGUCCACGGUCUUCUCGGCUGGCAGGAGUAUGCUGUCCUAAAGGAGUCUGCGGUUCAGAAAGUAGACAUCCCCCCUGGAGGAAGCUUAAUUGACGGGUUUGGAGCGACGGGUAUGAAUGCUUUGACUGCAUACUUUGGCAUCACAGCGGUGGGUCAGCUAAAGCCAGGAGAGACCUUGGUUGUUUCUGGUGCGGCUGGGGCGACCGGAUUACUGGCUGCAGCCAUUGGUAAAAUUAAGGGUGCUGGUAAAGUAGUCGGGAUCGCUGGCGGACCUGACAAGGUGAAAUUCCUCAAAGAAGAGGUCGGCGUGGAUCUUGCCUAUGAUUACAAGUCAGCCGGCUGGAAGGAAAAAUUUGUCGAGGAGGUUGGGCUUGUCGAUGUUUUUUUCGACAAUGUCGGAGGUGAGAUCUUGGAUUUCGUCCUCGGCCGUAUCCGCCGAUUUGCACGAAUCAUACAGUGUGGUUCCAUCUCGGCAUACAACACCACUGAACCUUACGGAGUUAAGAAUUAUCCACAGCUGACGAAGUUCAGUGCUACUUGGAAAGGUUUCAUCUUUUCCGACUACGCGUCAGAGUUCCCAGCUGCAAAGAAAGAGCUGGCUCAAUGGGCCGCCGAAGGCAAGCUUCCGCGAAAAUUCCACAUUGUGGAUGGAGGCCUCGAUGUGUUGCCCAAGGCAUUUGGUUAUUUAUUCAGUGGCACAAACACCGGUAAAACGUAA